ACAAUCCCAAAACCCACAAUAUCACUUCCUGUCCAAGCAAAACCCCCUUUCUCCAACCCCGAGAUUUAUUAACGUCUAUCUGCCCACGCCAAUGCAUAAUGCAUCCACUUAUUCGUCGGAAGUCGAUGGGAAAUUGUGAAGUCACACACGAAAACGCGAUCGCUGCGCGUCAAAAGAUCUUGACGAAAAUGAAGUCGACUUUAUUGCUGUCAGUUUUUUGUGCGACUUUCCUUACCUUUCCGAUAAAAUCUUCGGCGUCUUGGAUUGCACUGGAAAAGGCAAACCGAACCAACGUAAAAAGAUAUGAAAAACAUUGUCUGGGGACGAUUUUUAACAUCGGGCCCAUGGAUAAAGGGGAGGUUAGAAGGAUUGAGGGCAGUUGUGCUCAGGCCACUUGUCUGGACGACAGGAAUAUCAGGUUUUCGGGGUGUCCCUUAGUGGCUCUCAGCGACAGGGUCCACUGCCGUGUCCACCCAGGAGAUCCUUCCAAAGAAUAUCCAGAGUGUUGUUUUGAAGUUCGCUGUAACGAAAACAAUCGCACUAUGCAAGUUUACGGGGGAUUUGUAAACGCCACCGCUGUUGACAUGAGACGUAAGGAGAAACAAGAAAAGGAAGAAAAAAUCGACGAAAAAGAAGACAAAGAAGAGAAAAAACAACAGUAACACCUAAUUUAUAAUAAAGACUUGCUCAAACAUAUUUUAACAAGA